UAGUGCUAUCUGCUUUCACGGAUGAUAGACACAGAUAGCAUCACCAAUAUAAUUAAUCAAAUGCUGUCAUUGUAACUUACACCUCACUAUAACAAGAAUGCUUUCGGCAUGCAUUUUUCAAAUGAGAAACUGCUAACUGGUUUACCUGUAGCUCUGUAGGUACUAUUUCGUGAACAUUGACAAUUGGUCAACUCUGAUAACGUAGAAUUUAUCUCUGCAAGUUUCACAUCCAAAAAGUUGCUCUCACAAAAGCUUCUUUUCGUGAAUUAGGAAAUAUUCUGUAAAAGCCCAAGAAUUGAUUUUUAUAUAUCCAGUAAUAAUUUAAAUGAUGAUAUUUUCAAUUUUUACAAUAAUUUUUUAUUGGAAGAAUAAUAUUGUGUUUGUAUAGAAAUUUUAUUAUUUAGUAGGCAUUGGUUUUUGCUCUUUCCUGUAGAACUUCGCGUGGAUUUUCUCAUCAAUUCGGCCCUUUGGAGUCAACUGACGUAAAAUGCCUCCAAAGAAGGACGCAAAGGGAGGUUCUUCCAAACAACCUCAAAAAACACAGAAGAAGAAGGAAGGAGGAUCGGGAGGCAAGGCUAAGAAGAAG